UUGCCCUCUAGAAAACUGUACAGUGUUUCCGGCUCUUCUCAGUCGCAGACGCUCGUAACUUUUCGGCACUUUCCGGGGAGACUCGGGGGCUCCGCGCCUCGCUCACUCUGUUCCGAUCGCCUGGCGCGGCGGGGCAGGGUCUUGGGCUAGUCAUGGCGUCCCCGUCUCGGAGGCUGCAGACCAAACCGGUCAUCACUUGUUUCAAGAGCGUCCUCUUGAUCUACACAUUCAUCUUCUGGAUCACUGGUGUUAUCCUUCUUGCUGUUGGCAUUUGGGGCAAGGUGAGCCUAGAGAAUUAUUUUUCCCUUUUAAAUGAAAAGGCCACCAAUGUCCCCUUCGUGCUCAUUGGUACUGGCACUGUCAUUAUUCUUUUGGGCACCUUCGGCUGUUUUGCUACCUGCCGAGCUUCUGCAUGGAUGCUAAAACUGUAUGCAAUGUUUCUGACUCUUAUUUUUUUGGUUGAACUGGUCGCUGCCAUCGUAGGAUUUGUUUUCAGACAUGAGAUUAAGAACAGUUUUAAGAAUAAUUAUGAGAAAGCUUUAAAGCAAUAUAACACUACGGGAGAUUAUAGAAGCGAUGCAGUAGACAAGAUUCAAACUACGUUGCGUUGUUGUGGUGUCACCGACUAUAGAGAUUGGAAGGAUACUAAUUAUUACUCAGAAAAAGGAUUUCCCAAGAGCUGCUGUAAACUUGAAGGUUGUUCUCCUCAGAGAGAUGCAGAUAAAGUAAACAAUGAAGGUUGUUUUAUAAAGGUGAUGACCAUUAUAGAAUCAGAAAUGGGAGUUGUUGCGGGAAUUUCUUUUGGAGUUGCUUGCUUCCAGCUGAUUGGAAUCUUUCUAGCCUACUGCCUCUCUCGUGCCAUAACAAAUAACCAGUAUGAGAUAGUGUAACCAGCAUAACACGGGCCUGUUCCUCUCCAACUUUAAGGAUAUUAACAUCCCCACCCCCAACCCUGUGAAUUACAAGAUCGCCUGGAUGGAAGACCGACAUUUAUUACAGAUAGAUUGAAAAACUAUACCAGUAGUCUGAUUCGAUCAAGACAUUUGCUUGAUAUGUUCGAAGUCCACCUUUUGUCCCAUUCAUGUUAGAUAGUUGAAAUCCCCAUGUCACUCUGAAACACUGGAAGAGCUUAGUAAAUUGUAAAUGAAGCAAUACUGUGUUCCUCUUGACUUUUUUUUUUCUCAGUGUGUGGCUUUUGAAAGUCACUGUGAGUUUGCUGUCAAUGUAGUGUGAUCAAAAAUUGAUCCCUCCAAACUGGACCUUUUCCCAGCCAGGGUUAUCUGGUGUGAUUGUAUAAUUUGCAUCAAGAAGUUAAAAUGUUUUCAUUAGUCUCUGUUCUGCUGAUAGGCAGAGAGUCACAUUGUGUAAUUUAAUUCCAGCCAGUGGUUGAAUAACACCCAUCAUCAGAGUUGCCAAACGGUAGUAAUGACAGUCUCUGACCUCUAAGGCACCCAAGACUAUAAAAGGCACUACCAGUCCUCUGUGAUACACCAGGUUGCAACACAGUUAACACUUUACAUUUCUUUGCCUCGAAAUUUAGGUAUUUAUACUAACAUUUAUAUUUCCCCUAUUGUUUGAAAAGUUCUAAUUAUUACUUAAUGGUGCCAAGAGUUAUUGUAUUCUCCUUAGGAAUUUAAAGCAACUCAUCUUCAUUAGCUUUAGCUGGUAUUUCCUUACCAGGUUGAUAAGAAUUGUCAACAUUAAGGUUAACUUUUAAUAGUCUUAGUUUUGUUUUGUGCCUUUGAUUAAUAAAUAUAAAUCUUUUACACAAUAAA